CCAUUCCCGCCCUGUGGUACCCAGAUGGUAUACUCCCGCCUAGUCGCUUAACUCAAGACUCAGAUUUUUUUCCACACCCUACCAACCGAAAAAUCUCCUCCAUUUCCUUGUAUCAUUCAAUCACAACCCACACACUCCUUAUAUCAGAACCCAAUUGCUUCUGUUGGGAGCAAUGUCUUCCGUUGCUUAAUUCUGCAGAACCCGCAACUGGAACAAAGGAAGUACCCUUAAUAUCGACGCAGCCAGAAGCUAUUAACAAAAGGAUUUCGGAAAAUGCCUCCAAAGAAGAAGAAGAACAACACUUCUUCUUCUUCUUCUGCGUCCAAGAAGCAUAACCCUCAACCUUCCAAGUUCGGCAUCCAGCACUUCUUCGAUCGCCACACACAGAACAACGCUCUCCUCGCCUCCCAAAAGCUCCAAACUAACAAUGCUUCCGAUUCCGCCGCUAAACCAGUUUCUGAUCCUCUCCCUGCCCGAACCAGAGACCCGAUUUUCAGCACCGUUGUGCAGGUGACUCCCCAACCGUCGCCGCAAAAACCUAGCGACGACAAGGGUAAUACCAAUUAUAUUAGUAAUAAUGAUAAUAGAAGUAACAAUGGACCGUCCCAGAAUACUCCUACUGAGAAUUCGGUGGUGCCGGUUGAUAAUGUGAUGGAAGAUAUUGUGUCUGAGGUGUCCCCAGAUAUUUCUAAAGCUAUGCCGCUUAAGCGCUUCAAAUUCUCACCUGGAAUGUUUAUAAAGCAGACUCAAGAUUAUGGGGUUGAUGAGGUCACAUGGAAGAUAUCUCCAGUGAACGAAAGACUCCAAGCUGUUUCUAAACAUGUGCCGAAUGUUAUUAAAGCGUUGGCCGACUCUUCAAGACUCAACUUAUUGCCAUUUCGUAGCUGCUCAGAAGAUAAGACUUUUCGGGAUAAAGAUGACAAGGUUGACGAAUUGCUUACUUCACCAACUCCCAAGGCUUCUGCAAAAGCUCUACCUUCAAUGAGUAAAUUAGGCUUGAAAAGGAUAAACCCAGAACAAAGUGUGGAUUUUGACACCAAUCCAACUACUCUGAGCUACACUGGAGUAUCUAGCAGACAGAGUCCCUUCAGGACUCCACCCUCUUUGUCUCAUUGUCCCGAUAAGGUGCAUCCUAUUAAUGACAUUCAAUGCACUGGACCAUCUGAUCAACUUUAUCUCAGACAGCACAAAAAGACUUUGCUUGAACUGUUAGAUCAAGUUGAAGAUGCCAUUGCUGUUGAUGACGCUACUGUUUGUAACAAGGGAACUGAUUCUUUAAAAUGUUGUGACGGCAUUGCUGAUGAGCUCCCUGUUAGAGCCAACCAUGCUGAAGAAAGAACAAGAUCACAUAGUUCUAAAGAGGAUAUGGUUGCUGUCUCUAGUUCUAGCUAUCUGGUUUUGCAGGUGUCUGAAAAUUCUAGGUCUGCUGAUUCAUCUGCUGCUGAUGCUCGAUCCCCAUACAAGGUGCUUCGCUUACUAAAUGAGCAAACUGGAGAGGAGCGGGCUGUAAACUUGAGGGAUGAGUGGUUUUUCAGUGUAAUUGCACCUGGAGAUACUGUAAACAUAAUCGGUCAAUUUGAUGAAGGAGGAAGUUGUGAUAUAGGCCAUGAAAAUAAUUUCUUGAUUGUGCACCCAGACAUUCUGCUGUCUGGAACAAGGGUAGUUAUCUUUUGCAACGAGUACUCUACUGCAGCAUUGACUGGAACCUUGCUUCACCAAAUUUUUCAGGCUGGGCUCACAGAAGACAAUCCAUCCAUUGACUUCUUGGAAGGUUACACAGAAGUGGUAUUACUUAGGAACAUUGAGAGUCUGUAUGCUUGUGGAGUAAAUGAAAGUGAUGUUCGGAAAACCUUGAUUGAUGCUGUCCCGAGAAUAUUGAGUUGGAUUUUACGGUUCACAAAUAAGGAGGAAAAUGAAGAUCCUAAUGUUUGUUUUGGAUUUCACAAUAGGCCUAACAAAGUUGCCAUAUCUGAGGUAAUUGAUAUUGAAGAGAUGGCAUGGGCUCCUAAAUAUGGUUUGAAAGGGAUGAUUGAUGCUUCAGUCAGAGUCACAGUACAAUCAGUAAAAGAUGAACUUGAGGAGAAGAUUAUGCCAGUAGAGUUCAAAACCGGGAAAUCACCAGCUGGCCAGUCAUCAGCAGAACACAAUGCUCAAGUAAUCUUAUACACUCUUCUGAUGUCUGAAAGGUAUCAAAACACCAUUGAUUCUGGUCUUCUAUAUUAUCUUCAAUCAGAUCAGACACAGGGUAUUGUGGCUCAAAGAUCUGACUUAGUUGGCCUAAUAAUGCGACGGAACGAGCUAGCAAGUGAUAUUCUUAAGGCAUUAACCUCGCAACAACUUCCACCAAUGUUAAAGAGUCCUGGCAUUUGCAAAGGUUGUCGCCAUCUUAAUGUUUGUAGCAUUUAUCACAAGUUACAUGGUGGAAGCACAAAAAGCAGUGGAUUGGAAGAUGUAUUUGAUUCUCUUACUGACCACCUUACAUCUUCCCAUUCCAAGUUCCUCUGCCAUUGGGAUCGGCUGAUUGACUUGGAAGCUAAGGAGACUGAGCUUUUAAGGAAAGAGAUGUGGCGAUCACAUAGUUUAAAAGCUCCAAACUGUGGUAGCCUUUCUUCUAUUGUUCUCGAUGCUUCAUAUGGAAUUCCUCAUCAGAAAUCUGUCAAAGAUAAUCGCUUUGUUUAUCGUUUUGUAAGACAAGAUAAUUGUCCCUCUGGAGUUUCUGACGGUGAUCAUUGUAGUACCUAUUCAACAAAUUUAGAUCUUACACUUGGAAGUGGAGACUAUGUGGUAUUGUGCAGUAAUGACUCUAGUGGGCAAACUAUUGCAAAAGGGGUGAUCUCUGAUAUUAGCCAGAUUCAUGUAUCUGUUUCCUUUUCAAAACGCUUACGAAUUCCUGGAAGAUGUUCCACUACACAUGAUCUCCUUCAACAGGUUUGGAGAAUUGACAAGGAUGAAUUUGUGACUUCGUUUGCAUCUAUGAGGUUUAAUCUUGCACAACUUUUUCUACAAAAUGAUCGGAGUACUCAUCUGCGGAGGAUGAUUGUUGAUCUUGAGGCUCCUAGGUUUGACUGUGAAUCUAUAGUCAGUCAGGAUCCAGCAAUAUCAUAUGUUCGGUCGAAGAAAUCUUUGAAUGAUGAUCAAUGUAAAGCAAUUCUCAAGAUACUUGCAGCAAAAGAUUAUGCGCUUAUAUUAGGAAUGCCUGGAACAGGAAAGACUUCUACUUUGGUUCAUGCUGUGAAAGCCUUGCUGGAAAGGGAUUCUUCCAUUUUGCUGACAGCCUAUACAAACUCCGCAGUUGAUAAUUUACUCAUGAAAUUAAAAGCACAGGACAUUGAUUUUGUUCGGAUUGGAAGACCAGAAGCAGUGCAUGAGGUGGUCAGAGGACACUGCCUUUCAGCAACAAGUAUACAAAAUGUUGAAGAUAUCAAAAUAAGGUUAGGUCAAGUCAGAGUUGUUGCAGUUACUUGUCUUGGCAUUUCCAGUCCCUUGCUUGCCAACAUGAGAUUCGAUGUAUGCAUUAUGGAUGAAGCUGGACAGACAACCCUACCUGUGUCCUUGGGCCCCCUAGCAUUUGCCUCAGUGUUUGUACUUGUUGGGGAUCAUUAUCAAUUGCCUCCACUUGUCCAGAGCAUAGAGGCCCGAGAGAAUGGCAUGGGGAUAAGUUUGUUCUGUAGGCUCUCCGAAACACAUCCAGAGGCAAUUGCGGAAUUACGGAGCCAGUACCGGAUGCGUCAAGGCAUUAUGGACUUGUCAAAUGCCUUGAUAUAUGGUGACAGGUUGAGGUGUGGUUCAUCUGAAAUAGCUAAUGCAACACUUGAGUUUUCUAAUUUAAACUGUGGCUUGCCUUGGCUAGAAGAUGUUUUAAAUCCAAGCAGGCCAGUGAUUUUUAUUGAUACUGACAUGUUACCCGCUUUGGAGGUAAGAGAUCAGAAGACUGUCAAUAAUCCAGUUGAAGCUCACAUAAUUGCCGAGGUUGCAACGGAAUUGGUUAGAAAUGGAAUUGUAGGAGAGCAGAUUGGUGUUAUUACCCCCUAUAAUUCACAGGCAAACCUCAUCCGGAAAGCAGCUUCCGAGACUUCCAUGGAGAUACAUACCAUUGACAAAUAUCAGGGUAGAGAUAAGGAUUGCAUAUUAGUCUCUUUCGUAAGAUCUAGUGAAAACCCAACGAACCUUGCUGCUUCUCUUCUCGGAGACUGGCACAGGAUAAAUGUGGCUCUCACUCGCGCUAGGAAAAAGUUGAUCAUGGUGGGGUCUCGUAGAACUCUUUCAAAGGUUCUGCUACUGAAACUUCUCAUUAAGAACGUUGAGGAACAAUGUGGAAUUAUAAGUGUUUCGAAGAAGGAUAUCGUUCCAAAAGGUCAGCUCCGAAAAUGUUCUCAAAUGGGUUGAACUAAGAACAUUUCCCUCGCAUUGGAGGGAAGUUUUGUGAGAAUCGAAUGUAAAUAUGCAUUCAUUUUGUUUUGUUUGAACAGAAAAAAAAUUGGCUUAUGCAAUUUUGGUUCAGGAUAGUUCUAUAAAGUCUUCCUUAUUGUAAU